UUUUAUCUUAUCUUUGAAACUACAUGUUAUGUCUUUGGUUAACACAAUUUUGAUAUGUUAUGACAGAAUGAACGGACCGUUACAGUAGCUGCAAUACAGGGAGAAAGGUGUAUAUAACAAUGAGUCUCCUAUUUUCAAAAUUACUGUUAGUCAGCAUUUUAGCACUAUCCAAAGCCAAGUUCGAUCCCAUAGCAUUCUCUGUAUCCCAGUAUGCAGUACUCAGUGUCACAAAUGAGACGGUACUCCCAUAUCCUCAUACGAUAACAAAUCACAUGCACAGAAACGAAAUAUCAAACGGUGUGUUUACAAGUAGAGAGGGUGGAACCUUCAAAUGUCAGGUGUACUCAUUAGCCGGUAGUAACAAGAAAAUAUUCCUGGAAAUCUGGCAUAACGAUCACCGGGUCGCUUCCCUAUAUGCGCAUUCACCAAGUUACGGUUCUGGGGGAAACGCUGUGGUUCUCUCUCUCUCCGAAGGGGAUACAGUACAAGUUAAAACAAGGAUUAACUAUCCUGAAGUCGUUUACGAUUUGCCAAAUGAAAUAUACAACACAUUCACGUGUGUCCAGAUUGGAUCUGAAGCAAUAAGUACUGAUGAAACAGCCAUACCGGCUUUCUCGGUAACAUCCAACCGUAACCAGAAUGUGAAUGGUGGAGACUCGAUCAUGUACAACACUGAACUCGUGGACAUUAAUAACGCAUUUAACCUAGACACGGGAGUCUUUAAUGCUCCUACCUCUGGAAUAUAUAUUUUUCACUUUUUCAGUCUAGCUCACCAAAACGAAGAAUUAUGGCAAGAUUUGUUCCACAAUGACCACUACGUAUGCUCCAUAAAAUGCGUAACUGACUUUGAAUGGACUGGUGCGGGAAAUACAGUCAUUUUACAUCUGAACGCCAACGAUACCAUGACAGUAAAAGCUCACGCAGGAGUUGACAAUUAUUUAUUUGGAAAGCAAGACCAAAUAUUUACAACAUUCUCGGGAGUCCAAGUUAUAACAGAUCUGGAUAUGUUAUCACCAGAAUCAUACCCGGUAGUGGCAUUUUCUGUCGCUCUUACACAUAACGUUACGGUGGCAGCAGGGUCAACUGUUCCAUUUGACAAAGUUUUCGUCAACUAUAAGAAUUCCUACAAUAUAUCAACCCGUCGUUUCGUCGCACCAGCAAGUGGUGUUUAUGAGUUUAACUACCACGGUAGAACAUCAACUGGAAGCAGUAUAUAUCUAAGACUGAUGCAUAACCAAAGAUACAUAAACAGCAUAUAUGAUAAUAUACCAGGUCACCAUGCGACCGCCGGAAACGCCGCUGUACUAGAAGUUGUUGGAGGAGAUGAAGUUAGAAUCGAAUCAACAGGAAUUACAAACAAACUGUAUGGUGAUCGAAAUGAAAUAUACUGUACAUUUUCUGGCUAUCUGCUUCAUGCUAUCACACCGGGUGAAAUAAUUGUGGGAUAAUAAAAACCAGUCAAUACACA